AUGGCUCCAGCCACGAUUCCAACUUCAAUAGACGAACUCCCUUCCACGGAGGAGGUUAAAGAGCAAGUUAAAGAGAACGCUAAAGGCGCAGUCUCCGGUCUACGGUCUCUCGUCGCUGGCGGAGUAGGAGGCGUGUGCGCUGUCGUCGUCGGGCACCCUUUCGAUUUGGUCAAAGUCCGCCUACAGACUGCGGAGAAGGGGGUCUAUUCGGGCGCCAUCGAUGUGGUGAAGAAGACCAUUGCUCGGGAGGGAUUGGCGAGGGGCCUCUAUGCAGGCGUCUCCGCUCCCUUGGUCGGUGUGACGCCCAUGUUUGCCGUCAGCUUCUGGGGAUAUGACAUGGGGAAACGGCUCGUGGAUACAUUCUCUACGGUGCCCGUCAAAAACAAUACGCCUCAAUACUCAAUUGGGCAAAUCUCCGCCGCGGGUUUCUUUUCAGCUAUACCCAUGACGCUCAUAACCGCACCGUUUGAGCGUGUCAAAGUUCUCCUGCAGAUUCAAGGUCAGAAACAACUCGCGCCAGGGGAGAAACCCAAGUACUCUGGUGGGCUGGACGUUGUGAGACAGCUGUACAAGGAAGGAGGUAUUAGAUCCGUGUUCAGGGGUAGCGCGAUGACUCUCGCCAGAGAUGGCCCAGGUUCGGCUGCGUACUUUGCGGUCUACGAGUAUGUCAAACGCAACCUGUCCCCCAAAGAUGCCGACGGCAACGCCACAGGGGAACUAAGUCUGACGGCUGUCAUGACCGCCGGAGGCUGUGCAGGCGUGGCCAUGUGGAUUCCCGUCUUCCCCGUAGACACCAUCAAAAGCAGGAUCCAGACCGCGGAGGGAAAACCGACCAUCGGCGGUGUUGUCUCGCAGGUGUAUAGAAGUGGUGGUAUCAAAGCCUUCUUCCCAGGCUUUGGACCGGCGUUGGCAAGGGCUGUUCCGGCGAAUGCAGCUACGUUCCUGGGAGUCGAGUUGGCGCACAAGGCCAUGAAUUCAUUGUUGGGUUAA